GCACUAUGCCUUCAGAUAGUAUGGAUGAUAUAGAAUUGAAAAACAUUCAAAUGCAGUUUCCAUCAUCAAAAAGUUUUAGCAGAGACGAUCCAUCGAUAGAAGAAGUCAGGGUUGAGACAGAUAGAGGCUCACUUCUAGUUGCAGUUCAAGGCAACAGAAACAAACCAGCCAUCUUGACCUACCAUGACUUGGGUCUUAACUAUAUUUCGAACUUCCAAGCAUUCUUUAAUUUCUCUGAAAUGAGGGUUCUAUUAGAAAAUUUCUGUGUAUAUCAUGUAAAUGCCCCUGGUCAAGAAGAAGGUGCAGCUGCAUUCCCUGAAGAUUACGAAUAUCCAACUAUGGAAGAGCUUGCUGCACAGUUAAUGUUUGUUUUAACUCAUUUUGGAUUGAGAAGUGUAAUUGGAAUAGGCGUUGGAGCAGGAGGAAAUAUUCUUGCACGGUUCGCUCUCAAUAAUCCUGACAAAAUGGAAGCCCUAGUACUGAUCAAUGUUGUAUCAACUCAAGCAGGAUGGAUUGAAUGGGGCUACCAAAAGCUCAAUGCUCGUCACCUGCGAUCAAAGGGUAUGACACAGGGUGUCCUGGAUUAUCUUAUGUGGCACCAUUUUGGCAGGGGAACAGAAGAAAGAAACCAUGAUUUAGUUCAAGUUUAUAGAAAUUACUUCGAACACCGUGUGCAACCUGGAAACUUGGCCUUGUUUAUUGACUCUUAUAUAAGGCGUACUGACUUAAACAUGACUCGAAGCUUGGAGCCGAAUAAGAAGGAAUGCCUAACUCUGUCCAUGCCAGUCAUGAACAUCACAGGCGCAUUGAGCCCUCACAUGGACGAUACAGUCACACUCAACUCUCGCCUUGAUCCCACUAAUUCCUCAUGGAUGAAGAUAUCUGAUUGCGGCAUGGUUUUAGAAGAGCAGCCUAACAAAAUCAGCGAAGCACUUCGGCUCUUCUUACAAGGCCUGGGCUACGCUGUCAGGGUCGGAAGGAAGAGGAUCACUACUUCAACAUCAGUGGAAGGAUAUAUGAUGAAAAUGUCAACAUCUAUUGACAGUGUAAGAAGCUCACAGAGUGUUCCAGGGUUACAGAACAACCAUUGGCAAAUCAACAUAACAGAAAAUCCAAUUUCAGAAGCCAUUGUUUGUUGA